CACAUACCCCGUGAUAUCCCAACAACAUAACAAAGUGGGGGAACAUGGCGAGUGGAGAGGAGGCCAGAAGACGCCCCUCGGUUACCUCCUCCUCGGUCGGCCUUGAGUCUCUGUUCGCUGCCGGGACUUCGGAGCAGAUCUGCGGGGACGCGAGCCCGGAGCUGGUCCUCCUGCGGGAGAGACUCCAGGGCUGGCUCCAGCAGUAUGAGCCCAUCCUGCUAUGGGUGCAGCGGCUGCUGGUGUGGGAGAGGCCGCUGUGCAGCAUUUGUGUCGCCUUGACACUCAACACAUUGUUCUGGCUGCUGUCAUCCACCUCCCUGCGGCCUCUGUUCCUGCUGAGUGUGUCCCUGCUGGGACUCAUGCUGCUGGAGAGAUGGAAGCCCAAGAUGCCCAUCAUCACCAUUCAACAUGCAGAGCCUCCCCCUGUAAGCCACACGAUGAGUGUGGAGCAGCACCUGCUCAGUGUCCCUGAGCUCAGCCACCACCUGGCUGAGGGCUUCCUGACCUACCGUCUGUACCUGCAGGAGACGCUGCAGUACAAACGGCAGAACCAUGGCAAGUUCUGUGGGAUGAUGUGCAGCAGCUGUUUUGUACUCUCUGUGGUUGGACAUUAUGUACCUGGAAUCAUGAUCUCCUAUAUUAUUGUGCUGAGCGUGCUGUUAUGGCCGCUGGUGGUGUACCAUGAACUGAUCCAGAGGAUGUACACGGGCCUGGAGCCGAUCUUCAUGAAACUGGACUACAGCAUGAAGGGAGAAACCGAGCACCGCAAGCACGACAAGAGAAAGGUGAAGAAGGAGGGCGAGGAAGGGGACGAGCCGAGAGCUGAGACGGAGAGCGAGAGUGAGGAGGAGCUGUCCUGCUUCGCCACCACGGUGGAUGCGAAGACCACCGCUCUGGCGAUGGCCAUCACAGACUCGGAGCUGUCGGACGAGGAGGUGUCCAUCCUGGAGAGUGGGGGCUUCUCCGUGUCCAGAGCCACCACUCCUCAACUCACGGACCUCUCUGAAGAUCUGGACCAGCAGAGUGUACACAGCGACCCGGAGGAGGCCUACAUGAGGGACCUCCCCGAGUUCCCCUCAGUGGAGGAGUUCCCCUCCAUGGAGCUCCACUUCCCUCUGCGGGGCAGCGGUCAGGGAGACGGAGCCCAGGCCGGUGCUCCGCCAGAGGGGGAGCUGCUGAGCCCCAUCAGCCUCCUCAUCCAGCACCUCGCUUCUCCGCUCCACUUUGUGAACACGCACUUCAACGGCCACGCAGUGCCACCCGGGAGCGAGGGAGGGGAGGCAGCGGAGAGACAGGCGGGAGACGGGAAGGAAGAUGCGGUUACCCAGGAUGCACAGCAGUCGUUGGAGGCGCUGAGCGAGGAGAUAGUAAGCACGGCCAUCUCCACCGUGGUGCAGAACACUCUGUCGGCCCUGCUGCGCUCCAGCGAGGACCCCUCCCUGGCUGAGUUCCUCCCCACUGAAACCCCCCCGGGCCCUCUGGAGACCCCCACCACCGAGAUCACUACAGUAGGGGCCGGCGAGGUCCUGGACGAAGCGGCGGAAAGCGGCGCCGGCGAGGUCCUGGACGAAGCGGCGGAAAGCGGCGCCGGCGAGGACGUCCCCGACGACACACUGGUUCCCACCGAAGAAGAGGACUUUGAGCUUCUGGACCAAAGUGAACUGGAGCAGUAUGACGAGGGGCUGGACCUCACCUCUGACAGACAGGCGGGGGGUGGGGAGACCCCUCUGUCUCCUCAGCAGCCACCACAGUCAUAGCUUCCCUGUUGCCUCACCCCCUUCUGUUUUUGUUUUUAUUUGUACGUUAGACCUACAUUAUCUUCACACAUACUGCUAUAUACAAAGCAUUUAUCAAAGUUAGCCGUUUAAUACUGUCGGUCGCUGAUAGGGGGGGGGGGACAUGUUGAGAUGACAAGGGUCUGUUCAGCCUCGGUUUAAAACUGGCUUGGGUUACAAGUCAUAGAGACAUCAUUAUUUUCAGGGGUUGCAAUGUAUUUGAAAUCUGGAUUUGGUUCAUCUCACAUUGAAAUCUGUUUGAUUAAAAAGCAGGUACGUUUCUUCCUGUGAGAAUAAUGAUGCCUUUAUUUCCCCCCUUGGCUAAGAGUGUAACCCUUCCAUCUUGUUUUCAUUCAGAUGUUAGUCAGAUGGGUCUAUGGAGAGCUGUUGGAUUAUAUAACUAAUAAUAUAUGCUAUAAAUUAUUUAAUUUAACGGUCAGUCAGUUUAUUGUUAAGCUCAGGGGGAGUUUAAAACUAAAUUCAAUCCCCUAAAUUACCCAUAAUGAUUGUACGAUAUUAUGUAUUCCCAGAGUUAGAGUAGUGGAGCAAUAGUCCUUCACCUUGUCCUCACCUCCAAGGUCUCCAAGGUUAGAUUUCUGACAGAAGCACUCAGUCAUUAGCGGUCUUUCACUUGUUGCCUGGAAAUGGAAACGUUGACAUUGUUGGAUGUUGAACAGUAGUAGAUCUUUACCCGUACACAUAAGUGACUUUGUGGCAAGAUAUAAGAAAUGUUCCUCGGUAAUUGAUGCCUCUUUUUUAUCAAUAGAGUCCAUCCAUACGUAAUUGACUUUACUCUUGAUUCACAACUCUAUUGAUAAGUGUUGUUAUAAAAGCCCCAACUUUCUUUCCCUUGUAAAGUCAUCACUGGGAUAUGUAUAUUUACCAAAUAACCUCCUUUGUGCCACGACAAGUCCAUGCAUGUCCAUGAUCAUUAUUUGAGGCACAUUUUUAAAGGAUUAUUGGAGCAGAUUCUUUUUUUUGAGGGACAUUGCAAUUUAAAAUGUUAGAAAAUGACAAAAACGAAAUCCAGCACUAUGCUCGACUGUAUCAAGAGGCCGGUUUUGCUUUCUGUAAACCACUCGGCAUCCGAAUCUCAGAGGUGGGUUGUACAAAUUGAACAUACCAUGGCAGAAUGUGUGUCCAUUUCCCGACUUGUCGCAGCACUGUAUUUGUACUAACCCGUCCUUUUUCAGUCGAUGCCUCCUUGUGUAUAGCGUAGAAAUGCUAAAAAGGAACGUGUAUAUUCUGCAUGUAAAAACAGAGCUCUGUUCAAGUUCUCCUUGUCGACUGACAAAGUAUUGCACAAUUUGUGAGGAAAGAAAAAUCAAUUUGAAUGUUUCAGGUUAAAA